GCUAUUCGUCUCCGUAGGGUUUCUAAUACAUGUAUAUGGUAGAGUGGUAGAGAAGUAGAUCAGUCUGAAUGGCAAUAAUGCCUUUCCCUGAUCCCCAAUCGCAAAUUGACAUCGCUGAACCCUUGUUUUCAGUGUCAAUUGAGCAAAAGUCCUUACACUUCUAAUUACGAUUACCUUUAAUACUUGAACCUCGAGCCUGAUCUCACCUGCUCGCCCUUCUUUGCAUGUACUCUUGAGCUGUUCACCACAGGUUACGAUCCAUUUCCCGAAUAGCUCGGGUGUUCCAGUUACUGCCCAGGUGUAGGCUUACUCAGUAAGGUAGGUUGGAAGUCGAGACCCCACGCACAUCCGCAAUGUUUAUACACGAGGUCAACUACUUGAUGCGAGGGGAUAUCAUAUGUGCAUACAUGUAUGUCACAUUUGUCACGAAGACACGUGAAUCUCAAGUGCUCGUUUGGAGUGGCAUGUUGGGAUCCUGAUGCUUACUGCAUUGCCUACCUAUGCAUCAAACUGAUUUUAAUUUUGCUAUGAUGAAUAAAAUUGAAGAGCAAGCUCAAUGAUAAGCUUAUCUCGUGAUGAGACCAGGUGACCAUCAGUGAAUUCGCAAGUCACAUGAUUGUGCUGCCUGCAUGUGAGAGUCAAGUGUGAUUAGUCAUAUUGGACCCUUCGGCAUUCUUCCGAUUGACGUUCCGAGAUGCCUCGUCAGCUUGGAAGCCCAAGCCCGCCGCCUACCAUCGCCUUCUAGGCGCUUCUCACCACUCAUUCCUUCGCUUUGAUAAUCAUCCGUCUCAUUCAUUGCCACACACAUACACAUCAUUCGCAGUAUAUAGGCCGCAGCCUCAACACCAUAAUCAUGGCGUCCACUCCUACCGCAUCUAAAGCCGAGGACGAGAGUUACACCAAUAUGAAGGGAGACGUUGAUGCUAUCGGCUCACACUGCCAAAUGGCCUAUUGCCAUGUCUUGGACUUUCUUCCAUUUCGAUGUGAGAGCUGUAAAGGGACGUUCUGUUUAGACCACCGAACCGAAUACGCGCAUAAAUGUCCCAAGGAAGGCGAGUGGGCACGUAGAAUGGCAGCUUUGAACAAUGACACCCAAAAACUUCCUCCGAAACCGUCCCUAUACGAUCACGACCAACAAUGCGCCAACUCUACAUGCAAGACACUCAUUUACACGUCCUUGGUCACAGGCGUACACUGCCAGCGAUGCAAUCGGCACUACUGCCUGAAACACCGUAUGAAAGAGGACCAUGACUGCAAGAACCUCAAACCCAUAGGAGCGCGGCCCUCGAAUAUUAUACAGCAGCAGAGGGACCGUGGCAUGUCAGCACUCGCAAAACUCAAGAUGUGGGCCGAGGAAAAGAAGAAAAAAGAGCAAGAGAAGCAGAAUAAAAAGUCGGGAUUCUUGGGGAUUGGAUCUAAGAAUUCCGCUGCUAAGGAGGCCCUUGCUGCAACGAACGAUCUCAAAAGGACCGCCAAAGGAGAAGCUUCCAUCCCUCAAGACAAGCGGAUAUAUCUUCAUGUCGAAGCUUCUGCCGACACGACCAAAGCAAAAUACCCAACGGGUAAAUUCUUCUAUAAUAAAGAAUGGACUGUUGGCCGUGUGUUAGACAUGGCAGCAAAAGCGUUGCAGGUUCAAAACGUGAACAAUCGCGGUGGCGGAGAGGAAGAGAAGCUACGAGUUUUCCACGUCGAGGGGGGACGACUGCUCAAAUUCAGCGAGAAAAUCGGCGAGCCUUGCCGGACGGGCAAUAUGAUAGUGCUUCUACGAGGUGUGGGGUCCGGCGAAGCUCCAGAUCUAAUCGAUCUGUGA